AUGACAUCAGAAUUGUUGCAUAAUGGAAAUAAUAUUUCAUCCCAAUCAAAUUCAUUUCGUACGAAGAAUACGGUGGAAACAAUUAUGGUCAAAACAAAUAAAACCGGUGAUAUGUUAAGACGAAGUGGUGAUAAACAACAGACGAUAACAAAUAUCAUUACAACAACCAAUAGCAAUAGUGGUAAUAGUAGUAGUAAUAGUAGCAAUACAACAAAACAAUUGAUGCAUCAUCGAUUUACUGUUGAUGAUAUUUUAUCACCAUUGAAUAAUAUAGUAUACAGGUAA